CUUCCGGUCUCGGUUAGCCGUUAGCUAACAGCUAGCAUCAGUUUGCAGCUCAAACACGGAAACGAACCCGGCACAGACUCUUCCUCCAGCGGGGCAGCUUUUAUUUUUACACCGAUACCGAGCCGCGGACCGGCCGCCUGCACCUCCACCACCCCCCUCCCCACGCUGCCUCCCGGUUGUCGUCAGCCCCGGUUCUCCGUACUCCUGGUUUCCACCGGUUCUUUUAAAGCGGAAACAUGUCGGCGGUGCAGCGGAUGAAAGUGGCCAACGAGCGGCACAGCAAGACCAUCACACAGCGGGGACACGUCCAGAAAACAUCGCGGCCGGUCAAUGAUGAUAAGUCUCCAGUGGGUCCGUGGCUCCUGGCCCUGUUUGUCUUCGUGGUUUGUGGAUCCGCCAUCUUCCAGAUCAUCCAGAGCAUCAGGCAGGGCAUGUGAUGACCUUUGACCCUGGAGCUGAGCCUGUCACAUGGGGGGCGUGGCCCUCAUGCCCCGCCUACAAACACACAUUCACACACACACACACAUACAGCCUUGUUUACUGAACCUGAGGUCUUAACACACACACACACACACACACACACACACACACACACACACACACACACACACACACACACACUGGUUCCUGUGGAUUCAUCCUGUGUUGACUUCCUUCUGUUUCUUCAUCCUGUUCAUUGAUUCUGAUUGUUUUUUACUUUCUUCACUGUUGAUGAAGUGAUCAGUUAUUGGUUAUUGAUCGCUGUGGCUCAGCUGUUUGUCAUCUGGGUUUGAUUCUCUCCUCUGAUUGGUCGCCGCGUUUCACGUUCAUGUGUGUGAUUUUAGCUGGAAGUCGGUCAGAUCUGGAAACGCAGACAUGAAGCCUUAUGGGUAAAUUCAACCGACCCGCCCACCUGUGAUUUCAGAUCAAUAAUCAAUAAUCAACUGAUUUCGGCCAGAACUCCAUGAGUCGUACUGUUACAGGGAUGAAACAUAAAGAACAGAAGUGUUUGGAUGGAUUCAGACUGUUGAUGAAAAUGACUGAACAACAGCAGGAAAACUGUCAAUCAAUCAUCAGUCCAAACAAAAACAUGUCUAAGAAAAAACCUUCAACGACAACGAAAGGAAGAAUUCCCCCCAAAAAGUUUGAGUGUUUCCUCAUGGUCUGUUAAGGAAUCAGUCAAUCUGAUAGAUCAGUUUAGUGACUGCUGAUUGGUUGUCUGGUGGGUGGGCGUGGCAGUUUGGUGAUCGCUGAUUGGUUGUCUGGUGGGUGGGCGUGGCGGUUCAGUCAGAGGAGACCAAAUGCAGGUUAACUGUUUAAAUGUGAAGCUCAGCGAGCCCCCUGCUGGACGACACGCUCCGCUUUUAUACAAAAUAAACCCCAUAUUUUCUCUAAA